AUGUCUGCGGACGAUCAAGUAUUCUUGGACGUUCUGUCCUCCGUACCAAACGAUAUCAAAAGGUAUAGCAACGAUGUUGCAGAUUACAUUGAAAGACACAUUGAAAAGGUUGCUGCAUCAAUAAGAGUGUCUCUUGCCUCCUCAGAAUGGAUCCCCCCGUCUGCACGUCCGAGACCACCACCGCCGACUCGGACUCCCUCGGUAUCUCUAUCAGUAUUCACUCGAAUUGAACAAUGGGUAUCAAAGAACAAGCUCCUCACAGGAGCUAUUAUUAUAGUACUCGGUGGAGUGACAUAUCAUGUCAUCGGGAAGAAGUCAAAUUACCGCAAGAAGCGCAGAGCUAAGCGGGCUGCGACUGGCGCUCGACAAGAAGUCGUGGUGAUUGCAGGAUCUCCCUCGGAACCGAUAACGAGAUCAGUUUCGUUGGAUUUGGAGCGUAGAGGCUUCAUUGUGUAUAUUGUGUGUAAUACGAUAGAGGAGGAAGUUCUGGUGCAAAAUGAAGCCAGACAAGAUAUCAAACCGUUGAUGGUUGAUAUUGUUGAUCCGUCAAGCACCUCUGCUGCAAUCGAUAGAUUCACAGCCCACUUGCGAGCACCACAUUCUCCUUUCCAAGGUGGUAAAACACACCAUUUGAUAUUCCGAUCACUUAUUCUCAUUCCUUCACCUACUUAUCCGUCUUCCCCAAUCGCCACCUUAUCCGCAUCAGCAUUAUCGGAUCUCCUCAACACUCGUCUAUUAAACCCCAUCCUUACCCUUCAAAACUUUCUUCCUCUCCUCACACAACUACCGUUCCAAGACUCCCCCGACAGCUUUGGUAUCCCCAAGCCCUCUGUUCUCGUCCUAACCCCUAACAUAAUUCCCUCUCUCUCCCCCGCAUUCCAUGCGCCUGAAUCCUCCACUACAUCCUUUCUCAAAACCUUCACCCAAAUUCUCACCUCCGAACUUUCCCCCCUUUCCAUCCCCGUCAUUAACCUCCAACUCGGAACCUUCGAUUUCUCCUUCUUUGGCCCUAAAAACCAACUGCAAUCUUACCGCAACCAUUCCCCUCCCGCAAACUCAGAAUGGGACUCCACCUCCCGAAACGUAUAUUCACGCAAUUACGCCGCGAUCAAUAGCGGAAAUGUAGGAGCAGCAAUGGGAUGUGGAUCAAUAGGGGGAGGUCACGGAAAAGGAAGCAGUCUACGAGAAUUAAACAACGCCGUCUACGACGCCAUGGAAAGAAAAACCGGCGGAGUCAUCAGAGUUGGUAUGGGAAGUAGUGUAUACGGAUUUAUCGGUGCAUGCGUACCUCGGGGAUUGGUAGGAUGGAUGAUGGGGGUUAGAAAGUUUAACGCACAAACCCCAGAGGGGGAUUCUCAUGGGAGUAUACCCAGAAGUUCAAGCACGUCUAGUUUUGAGGGCAGAGCUCUCACGCCGGACAGUAGUGACAUAAGUGGGGCAGCUGGGUUAGCGGGAAGCGAAUACAUUUCGGUUAUGGACAUGGAAGGGAAUCAGGAAUAG